AUGGGUGCUAUUACUGUUCCCCCAGUCACCAACCCCACUGACGCAGAGCGUCUCCGUAACGCGACUACCACUUCGGAUGAUACGUUCGCGGUUUCUCAUGCUCUAAUAGUUCUCUUUGUUCUCUUCUCUCUCGCUUUUGCACUUUUUGCUCUUCCUUGGACUUUCUCUCGUCUCCAACACGCUGGUUGGCUGGUCGGAUUCCGGUUGUCAUCAAGACCGCCUGCGCCCGUUCCUACCAAGAAUCGUGUCGUUCCAGGAAAACCACAUCCUGAAACCGAUAUCAGUCUCCCCAGAAGGAUUGGUCGUUUACCGUUGGCGUUGCCGACGUAUGUCAUUCCCUAUGUGAAACUGUCCGUCCCGCAGGCCUUUCUCUUAGCAACCACCACGCUCGUGGUGUUUCUUGCGAGUUUCGUUGGCAGCAAUGUUAUGACGGACUCCACGAGGACGGGAUAUGUUGCGAUCACACUUGUGCCGUGCGUUAUCAUGCUUGGGAAUAAGGUUUUUGGGCUGGGAACUAUUCUUCAGGUUGGAUAUGCCACGAUAAAUUGGUUUCACCGAUGGCUGGGUCGUCUUUUAUUCCUCAUUACCACUGUCCAUGUCAUUGCCUACUUGACUAUUUUCGCUCAGACGCAUACUAUGCAUUCCGAAAUGUCUAAAUCCUCUAAUAUCCUCGCUUCUAUUUCGUACUCUGGGUUCUGCCUCAUCUUCUUUGCAUCGAUUGAUACCGUUCGUCGCCAGUGGUGGCAUAUAUUUAAAGUCUGCCACCACUUUGGCGUCUUUCUCUUCAUUGUUGGUCUUAACUAUCACUCUAAGCUUCUUCGUCCUUGGGUGCUGUACUCUGUACUCAUCAUCUUCGUUGCUACGGUCUCACGUAUUUUGACAUCUCGACUUCACAUUGCAUACCUUACACCUCUUCCAUCUUCCAAGUCAACCAUUAUCCACCUUCCAAGUAUCCGAAGCGGAUGGAUACCGGGUCAGCACGUCCGCAUUCGAGUACUCACUGGUGGCAUGGGGCUCACCCAGGUGUGGGAGGGUCAUCCCUUCACAUUGUCCACUGCUCCGCAACAUGGUGAAGGGGCGAAGCUUGUUGUGAAAGCAGCUGGUGAUUGGACGAACCGCCUGUUCGAAAUUGCUGAAAAGAAGGGAAGAGGUGACGCUGAAUUGGGAGCUGGCCAUGAGAAGGGCAGGCCAUAUCCCGUUGCGGUUCUCAUCGAAGGUCCAUAUGGGGGGUGUAAUCUUGUUUAUUCUGCCUAUUCCUCUGUGUUGCUCGUGGCUGGUGGAUCUGGUGUCUCAUACGUCCUUGGAGUGGCACAGGGGAUGGUUGCAGAUGCUCGGCUGGGCAAGAGCAGAACGAGGGAACUCAAUAUCAUUUGGAGCGUUCGUGACCGCGCGGCAGUGAACGAUCUCCUUCCAUUCUUCGAGCAGAUCCUCGAUUCGUCAAAGUCCAUACCACACUUCACCGUUCGGAUCAACCUUUAUUAUACAUCCGUCAGUAGAGGGUUCAUUGUUCGACCAUUCUCCCUUUUCCCCUCUUCCGCAGCAUUUUUAUCGACGACAGCACCACAUCCCCCGAGUUAUGGCAGAUCCCCCCUCUCAGGGUUGGCAAGUGGCCCCAACAGUACUACUGAACUUCUGGCACUGGAUAAUAAUUCGAGCCGCGUCGAACUGGAGGAAGGGAGGCAAUUUAUUGUGGGGCAACUGGAUGAGAAGGCUGGAAUGAGGGUGGUGAAUCCUUUUGCGGACCCUGUAAGAGAUUCGUUGCCUCCACCUUUACCUCCGAAGAUUGGGUUCGAAAGUCAUGGUGGUAAUGGUUGUGCUUCGCCACCAGUAGAGUUGAAGCCUGGGAGACCAGAUUAUGAAGUUAUUCUCAAAGAGAUCAUCUCUCGGAAACGUCUAAUUUUGGAGUCGUUCGGCGAGAAGCUCCGUAUGAAUUUGGGCAUGGGAGGUGCGGGCGGUUUGGCUGGUGCUGGUGCAUGUGGUGGUGGUAUUGCGGUCGGUGCAUGUGGUCCUGCUGGUUUGGUCCUUUCCAUGAGGAAACUUUGUUGGGAUGCGAGGUCUCUAGGGGCAAUGGAAUCGAUAGAAUUUCAUGAUGAGUGA